AUGGACGUAGUACAAGACUGGACCUCCUACCUCAUGGGCCCCCAAGCCGCCCUCAGCCUGUACCCCUACCUCCGUCAAGGCCUCUCGCUCGCCCUCACAGCCAAAUCCUACAUGCUGCCGCUCCUCGACCAGAUCUCGCAAAAGCCCGACCUAGCCACCAUCGCCCUCUUACUCGUCAUCCUCUUCAUAUCCCUCAAGAUCCUCAACAUGCUCUACCAAACCGUCAUCUUCUGGUUCCGCAUGGCUAGGAGGAUAGCGUUCUGGGGAGGGCUGGUCGCGUUGGCAUUGUGGAUGUAUACGCGCGGGCCGGAUGGAGUCGCGGCGGAUAUGCAGUACUGGUUCGAGACAUGGAACGGGGAGUAUCAGUACUGGAAGGAUCAAGAGCGCGUCGCGAGGAUGACACAUCAACAGAAGCCUGCUGGGCGGCGAGGAGCGGGUUGGUAG